CGCUUGUGUGAGGGAGAGAGAGAGAACAUGUCAGCAUGCUACAAAAACAAGUGCCUAACAGCACGGAGGGAAAGAGAGGGAGAGCAGGGGCUGAGAGUGUGUGGAGAGGCAGAGGAGAGUGUCGCGGCAUUAAGCAGCUCACAGAUCAGUGGAUGCCGACAGAUGCACAGUUGCUGAUGGGAAGGGGGAGACAAAAAACACAAGACCGUUUCUCCAGAGGAGGAGACCAGAUACUGUCCAUUUUCAUCAUCACAGUGAUUAGGAGGGGAGGACAGCAGCAUUACUGCAGCCACAGAUAGACGUCUGAUCCCGCUAAGUGCAGCAACCAACGGAGGUUUUGUGAGGCUUUCAUAAUUCAGGUCAGAGAAAAUGGGAGCAUAAUGUAUCCUGAAGGGAAGCUUCAGCAGGAACCUGAUUUCUCUGCACGGCUGCAGAACUCUAUCAACAAGACGAAGAGCGCAGCAGCCAAACAACACCACCUUUAAGUGGACACUCGACGUGAUUUGACCUGCCAGAAUUCCCAGUUGCAAUCAACAGAUGGGGUGUUGUGUAUGUGCUAUGUGUUCAGGUGGUCCCACCCAGGGUUUUGAUCAGAACUCUGCACUUACCUUUGUCUGCAACAGAUGGACCUUUACUUGUGAAGGAAAAUGGAAAUAAUUCCUUACCAACAAUCCUUUGAAUCAGGGUGUAGAGUUGGUGCUUAGAUUGCCACCCACCUUGCUUUUCUAUAGCUAAGAGGAAAAGAAUGUUCAAGGUUAUGUGGACUUUACAAUAAGAAAUCCCUCACAAACAAAGAUACAAGAGACCCAGGAUAUCCAAGGACAUAUGAACAGUGAGGAGAGGAACAGUGGAGUUUUGCUCUUUCUUGGAUGACAGUAACUAAGAACAUAAAUGCGAUGAUCCUCUCUACUGUGGACUGUCAUAGAAACCAAAGGACAGUAGAGAGACGCAGUCCUGACACUAAUUCCAAGCUAUCUGUUGCUCCUCAUUUUUAUUGAGGGUUUACUUCAUCAAGCAUUCCAGAGAUUUACUGUCUAUGCUCUAUGAUAAAAGCUACAGAACUCAGUAUUAGAACUUGAACCCUUAAUGAUAUAGUAUAAUUUAAAAAACUACAGCUCUGAUGAAGUCUUUCCAGGAUGUCAGCACGUCUAUACGCCAUUUUUAUGUAAUUCAGUAUUAAGUAUUGAGUAAACAAAAACGUUAGUAAAACUGACUGAUCAAGGUAAUGUUUUAAGCCUGGCCUUUUAGUAAUCUGUGGUACUCUUGGAAAGCCAAGAAGCCCAAGACGUUUUGUUUUAUUUCAUCUCUCUAUAGCUCCAUUGGCUAGCAUCAUUCAAACUUAAAGUUAGCAUCACAGACCCAUCAAAAGUGAACAUGGAUUUCAAUGGGAGCCAGGACUAUGGGUCUUAUCCAACGGGGCUGCCCUUUAACACAAGCAUGGACUAUGACGACUAUUACCAGGAGCCUGACGCCAGUAAAAUCAUCAUCCCAUCCAUCUAUGCUCUUGUCUGCUGUGUAGGUCUUACUGGCAAUGCCAUGGUUAUCUAUGUCAUUCUGAAAUAUGCCAAAAUGAAAACAGCCACCAAUAUUUACAUCCUCAACUUAGCGAUCGCUGACGAGUUGUUCAUGUUAAGUGUUCCUUUUCUGGCCACAUCGGCUGCCGUUCGCCACUGGCCCUUCGGGUCGCUGAUGUGUAGGUUGGUGCUGAGCGUAGAUGGUAUCAAUAUGUUUACAUCAAUCUUCUGCCUGACUGUGCUAAGUGUGGACCGCUACGUAGCAGUGGUCCACCCUAUCAAGGCUGCCCGCUACCGUAGACCCACUGUAGCAAAAGUAGUGAAUGUAUGCGUAUGGGGGCUGUCACUCAUUGUCAUCCUGCCCAUCAUUAUCUUCGCAGACACUGUCCCAGCGCAGGACGGUGGCGUGGACUGUAACUUCUUGUGGCCUGAAGCAGCAUGGUCAGAAGCAUUUGUGGUCUAUACCUUCCUGUUGGGAUUUCUGCUGCCGGUCGGGGCUAUCUGCUUGUGCUACUGUCUAAUGGUAGCCAGGAUGCGAGCGGUGGGGCUGAAAGCAGGAUGGCUUCAGCGACGGCGCUCAGAGAAGAAGAUCACCCGCAUGGUGCUGCUAGUUGUGGCAGUGUUCAUUCUCUGCUGGAUGCCCUUCUACAUCGUCCAGCUGGUCAGCGUUUUCCAUCGGCCUCCGGACCCCAUGGUCACUCAGCUUUUUGUCAUCCUCAGCUAUGCCAACAGCAGUGCCAAUCCUAUCCUGUACGGUUUUGUGUCUGACAAUUUCCGGCGUUCAUUCCAGCGCAUUGUGUGUUUCCGGUGGCUGGAGUCUGGGCUAGAUGCGGAGCAGGUGGAUUACUGUGCUGUAGCUCUCAAGAGACAAGCAACAUGUAGCCCUCUGGAUUUUCCCAAGGACUGCAUGGCUUCUGAUAUGGUGUUUCGCAAUGGAACAUACACCUCCCGUACAACCACAGUGUAACAUUCAACCAGAACAGGACCUAAAAUAAGGACCACAGCCUAAACAAGAGUUUUCAACCUUGGGGGUGCACAGGGAAGACUGAUAUGUAAUUCUGAUUGAUAUACAUGUGACAAAACUACAUAGGUUUUGAAUAUAUCAUCAUUUUCAAAAAUUUACUUGAUAUUGUGUAAACUCAUUAAUGUCACUGGACAUGAGAAUUUUGGGACAUGUGGCACAAAGUUGAAAAACUCUAAAAAACAAUUAAUGUAUAAGCAGUAAAUGACUGACUGACAUUUUGAGAAAAAAAGAUGUAUAUAACUGAAAGGAUUCCACUAAAAGAUGUAUAUAACUGAAAGGAUUCCACUAAAAGAUGUAUAUAACUGAAAGGAUUCCACUAAUUCAAUUCAAUUUUAUUUGUAUAGCGCCAAUUCAUAACAGAAGUUAUCUCAGGACACUUUUCAUAUGGAGCAGGUCUACACCGAACUCCUUAUAACAUUUACAGUGUUAUAAGGACAGUGCCACCAUGAGCAAACACUUGGCGACGGGGGCAAGAAAAAAAACUGCCUGUUAAGAGGCCGAAACUUAGGACAGACCCUUCAGCUCUAGGUGGGUGGUUGUCUGUCUCGACCAGUUGGGUUGAGAGAGAGAGAGAGAGAGAGAGAGAGAGAGAGAGACAGACAGACAGAGAGACAGACAGACAGACAGACAAACAGACAGACAGGUGCACAGCAACAACAGUAGCAACAACUACACUAAUUGCACUAGUUUACACGUAGGUAGAAAUGUAUAGCACAGGUGAAUGUAAGCACAUUUUGAUUCUGUGAUGUGCCCAGCCCGAGUCAUUAGAGACUGCAGAGGAACAUAAGUGGGGACGGAGAUGAGUACAAAUAUAAAUUCCCAUGAUCAUUUGUCAUGUUUAAUUCACAGAUACACUCCAAUAAUGCAUACAAUGGCACCCCUAAAAUCCCCAAAUUCAGUUAAAAGAUGUUUUUCAACAAUGGAAAUGAAAAUUUAUUUUUGUCUGUAAUUAAUUACACAAAUAAUUAGGCAAAACUUUAUGGCAUAGGUGGAAUUACAUGGAUUUUGCUGGCUCACAUGGUAAACAGUGCACUUAAUAAGAUACCACCAGCACGCUCUUCAUACCAAGGACCGGUUCUCAUAAUUCAGAAACUGACAGGAACUAGAAAAAGAGAUCACAUCUCUCCUGUACUAGCUUCUCUGCACUGGCUCCCUGUAAAAUGUAGAAUAGAAUUUAAAAUCCUCCUCCUCACCUAUAAAGCUCUUCAUGGUCAGGCCCCUUCAUAUCUCAAAGAGCUCAUAGUACCCUAUUACCCCACUAGAACACUACGUUCUCUGAAUGCUGGGCUACUUGUGGUUCCUAUAGUCUCUAAAAAUAGAACAGGAGCCAGAGCCUUCAGUUACCAAGCUCCUCUCCUGUGGAACCAGCUUCCAGUUGUGGUUCGGGAGGCAGACACCCUCACCACAUUCAAGAGUAGGCUUAAGACAUUCCUCUUUGAUAAAGCUUAUAGUUAGGGCUGGAUCAGGUGAGUCCUGAACCAUCCCUUAGUUAUGCUGCUAUAGGCCUAGACUAUCGGG